CUUAGAAUACUUUAUAUUAUUUGAUUUUUAGGAAACAGAUUCCUAAAAGAAAGAAAUUUGGAUCAGAGAAGAAGUGUUCAAGGACCAUGCAAGCCAACUGUAGCCAACUGCAUAGUCCUCCAGGCACUGCAGGCAAUGAGGGUGUCUCAGCCUCCCAAUGUGCUCACACAGCAAGAGUGACUGGAGAAGGACCUUGCCUCCGUGCCGGAGAUGUUCAUAUCCAGAUAAACUCCACACCUAAAGAAUAUGCUGACAAUUCAAGCUCCAGGAAUAUAAGGCCAGGUGUCCACAGCUGCACGCAUGGAUGUGUACAGGGUCACCCACACAAUGAAGCAAGGCAACCAGAGGAUACAGCUGCCACAGAGUCUGGGGAACAUGGCAGCAACUCCUUCUCAGAGUUCCGUUAUCUCUUCAAGUGGUUGCAAAAAAGUCUUCCAUAUAUUUUGAUUCUGAGUGUCAAACUUGUUAUGCAACAUAUUACAGGAAUUUCUCUUGGAAUUGGGCUGCUAACAACUUUUAUGUAUGCAAACAAAAGCAUUGUAAAUCAGGUUUUUCUAAGAGAAAGGUGCUCAAAGAUUCGAUGUGCUUGGUUAUUGGUAUUCUUAGCAGGAUCGUCUCUUCUUUUGUAUUACACCUUUCAUUCUCAGUCACUUUAUUACAGCUUAAUUUUUUUAAAACCUACUUUGGACCAUUUGAGCUUCUGGGAAAUACUUUGGAUUGUUGGGAUUACAGAUUUCAUUCUGAAAUUCAUUGGCAUGGGUUUAAAAUGCCUCCUUUUACUAGUGCCUUCUUUCAUUGUGCCUUUUAAAUCCAAGGGUUUUUGGUAUAUGCUUUUGGAAGAAUUAUGUCAAUAUUACCGAACCUUUGUUCCCAUACCAGUUUGGUUUCGUUACCUUGUAAGCUAUGGGGAGUUUGGCAAUUUAACUAGCCGGAGUCUUGGAAUAUUGCUGGCUUUAUUUUACCUCAUACUGAAACUUUUGGAUUUUUUUAGACACCUGAGAACUUUCAGACAGGUUUUACGAAUAUUUUUUACACGACCAAGUUAUGGUGUAGCUGCCAGCAAGAGACAGUGUUCAGAUGUGGAUGACAUUUGCUCAAUCUGUCAAGCUGAGUUUCAGAAACCAGUUCUUCUCAUUUGUCAGCAUAUAUUUUGUGAAGAAUGCAUUACCUUAUGGUUUAACAGAGAAAAAACAUGUCCACUGUGCAGAACUGUAAUUUCAGACCAUAUCAACAAAUGGAAAGAUGGAGCUACUUCUUCACACCUUCAAAUAUAUUAAGUCUUAUAAACUAUUAAGGCCACAGAAUAGUUUCAUCUGGAUACAGUGACUAUUGGUAAAGGCAUUAGAAAGGGUUUUCACAACUAAAAGAAAAUAUUUCCAAAUAUUUUCAGACUGUUAUGAUUUAAAUGCAUAGUCCAGUUUAGCAGAAUGAGUGAAUGCACCUCGUGCUCUCAAAAAUAUAUAAGUAAUGUUCAAUCUAACAUGUAUCUAGCAUUUCUUUUAGCCUAAUUAUUGGACAGGUGAUUGCAGUGUUAAAAUGUAAAUAUAUUUUCUUCUUAAUGUAACCAAAACAGCAAUUGACUAACUAGAACUUGGGUUUAGAGGAACUCAGGUAUUCUUUCCUGACAUUAUUUUCAAAAUAGACUAUUUUUUCAUACUAUUUUUUAGAUGAACCUUACCUGAAACGAGAAUUUUCUUUAACAUUGACUUUUAUAAUUCUCAUUCUCAAAACUGCUUAAAAUUUUCAUAAAAUUGUUCAUUUAAAUGGAAGUUCUAAGGGCUGUAUUUUACUGGUAAUAAUCAGAUUUCCUAAAUGAAGAUUGAUUUACUGAGGAUAUGUUUUUAAAUAUUGUAUUAUUCUCUAUUGUAUAAGCAAUCAGUGACAAUAAAAGAUUUAAAUGUACACAC